AUGCUUCCCAAACGAGGAGCCGUGACAAGCGGCGCCGACCAACACGCAACGCAAGCAAGUACAGCGAGACCUGUCAGAAGACACGACUUCUCCUUGAGCAAAGAGGCCACAAAGAAGCACGGACCGGCGCGGCUACUGGCCAUGGUUUGCGGUGGACGAGGCGGCAUGGACGCCCACAGCGACGCGUCGGGCCAGGCACGCCCCCGACAUCGAUCAAACCAACAGUCACCGCCAGAGUCCAAGGCGAAGGUUGGAGCUCAUUCGUCCAAUGUGCAAGAUGCCGCCAGCCAGCGUCUGCCUACAGGCGGAGAAGCGACCAUGACCAUGACCAUGACCAUGACCAUGACCAUGACCAGGCCGAGGCGUCCCCACGAAUCCGCACGACUCGGCGCGCACCUCUGCAGUGUGGAAACUGUUCUCGGGACAGCGGUUGGUGGUGGAGGGAGCACGGGGACAGGAAGCCUCGACCGGCCCGCCGUCAGCACAUGGUGA